AUGGACUACGAUGAUGAUGAUGAUGAUUUACGCAAGAAGAGGCAGCUGGAGGGAAUUGACAUCCCGGCACCAUCAUACAGCGAAGAUGAAGGCGAGACAAGCGAAACCGAAGUUGUGCGAAAGCGCAGGGAGGUGCCGGCAGACAUUGGAGCCCCUCAAGCCGAGGCUGAUCUCCGCCAGAAACGCCAAGACGACGAUGACGGCGACGACGAUAUCGAUGUCGACGAUCUCCUGCAUAAGAGGAGCAUUUUUGAUGAUGAUGAUGACGACGACGACGACGACUUUUUGAACACGGUGAGCAGGUCAAGGCGGUCACUGGACGACGAAGAUAGUGAUGACGACGGCGAGGAUAUUGAUACUUUCCGUGAACGUCUGAGGAGAUCCAUAUUAGACGAUGAUGAUGAUGAUGACGACGACGAUGAUGACGAAGACGUUGACGACGAUGUUUAG